UGCAAGAGGGAGUCAACUUCAAGUCGUCAACUGAAUUAUAAGUUGUUAACGGUAGCUUCAGCUUAGGGUUUUCUCUUAAGGUUUAACCCCACGUGUCUGAGUGUUCGUCUUCUUCUAUUACGCUGCGCCUGGUUUAGGAGAAAUUUACUUCAAGAAAUUAGUCUGCCCUAGAGAGAGAGAGAGAGAGCUGCUAAAUAAACAGGGCUUCAACAGUUGUAUUUUAGGUUCACAAUUCCCUUUUGUUUCCUUGGGAAUAGAAGGUGACCAUGUCUGAACAGUUACGAAGAAAUCCUUCUCAGCAUGGAAUUGCAAGAGAUGCAAUUAGCUUGUACAUGCCAGAAGAGCCUCAGUGCUCUGCACGUAAGUGGUACUUCAGUAUACAAGAAAUAGAAAAUCAUUCUCCAUCUCGGAAGGAUGGCAUUGACCCUAAGAAGGAAGCACAGUCACGGAAGUUGUAUUGUUCAUUUCUUUGGGAACUUGGCAUGAAGCUUAAAGUGCCCCAGGUGGCAAUAGCAACUGCACUGAUGUUGUGCCAUCGCUUUUAUCUGCGUCAGUCUCUUGCAAAAAAUGAUUGGCAGAUAAUUGCAACUGUAAGCAUGUUUCUUGCUUGUAAAGCAGAGGAAACACCCCGCUUGCUAAGGGAUGUUAUUAUUAUGGCAUAUGAGAUGACUUAUAGGUGUGAUCCUCCUGCCCUGAAAAGAAUCAAGCAGAGAGAAUUUUUUGAUAAGCAGAAGGAAUUAAUAUUAAUUGGGGAGAGACUUCUACUGGGGACCAUUGCUUUUGAUCUCAACAUCGAACACCCCUACAAGCCAAUUGUUGAUGCUUUAAAGAGAAUGGGGAUUUCAAAUAAUGACCUUGUGAAAGCAGCACAGAAUUUAAUCAAUGACUGGCUUUGCACAACAUUGUGCUUGCAGUACAAACCUCAUUAUAUUGCAGCUGGUUCACUGUUUCUUGCUGCCAAAUUCCACAAAGUGAAACUUCCUACAGAAAAAGGAAAGGUUUGGUGGCUGCAGUUUGAUGUUGCACCUAAACAAUUAGAAGAGGUCAUUCAACAGAUGCGCAAGUUGUUGGAGAACAAAACACAGGCUCCAUCUCCUACACACGCAAGGAUGACUAAACCUACAGUUGUACUUGGAAACACAUCACAUUACCCACAACCAUGCACUGCUCGGGAAUCCAGCCAUGGCACUACUGUUGGGAAACCUUUGGUGUCCAAGGGCAGUCUGAAUGUGGCCUAUAGUGACAGUCACUGCAUUGUGAAAGAAGUGAUUCAACAUCCGACGAGUGGCACUAGUAGUGCAACUAGUGUUGUUGAGGAUGGGGAUGGUGAGAUUCAUUCAAGAACAAGAGAAUCUGAAAGGAACUCGAGUUACAAGUUUGUUUCCAUUUAUGGUAAAUACAGUAAGAUAAAUGCAAACCCAAAUAAAGAGAAUCCUUUGGAAAGGAGAUGUUCUACUUCUUCAAAGAGGUCAGCAGUUGCCAGAGGUGAUGAGAUGUAUAGUGAAGUGUGUAUAGAUGGUGAUCUGCGGAAAGGAAGAGAGCAGGGAUAUGCCAAUUCACAUAAGAAACAGAGGAGGGUGUUGUUAGGCUUUUGAACUUGAACUGUAGUUUCAUGAUACUUGCAGAACUAAUUUCUGUCUCCUAUUCAUGUCAGAACAACUAUGGGUUGGCAAAUGGAAUUCAUCAAAUUAGGUAAGAACUUGUAUUAAUUCUAUGCCAUUCUAAGUCAUUUUUUUAGUUGUCUGGCCUUGAUUUCAUCAUACAGUGUAAUUUGUAUUACAGUGAAGGCCCUGCAUUUUAAAUAGUUGGGCUUUUGUGUAUAUAUGCAUGCAAAUUAUGUAGUGACUAAAAGUUUUUGAUC